CCGAGAAGCUCUUGCACAGGACAGCCUCUGGAACCCCGCGCCCAUUAGCGCCUGCGCCGUCUCUAGGCCCCGCCCCCUCACCCCUCCGGUUCUGGAUCUCCCACAGCUAACAUGGCGGCGCCCUCUGUGUCCUACGGCGGAGCAGUUUCCUACCGGCUUCUUCUCUGGGGUAGGGGUAGCCUCGCCCGGAAGCAAGGCCUCUGGAAAACCGCGGCCCCUGAGUUGCAAACAAAUGUCAGAUCUCAGAUAUUAAGGCUAAGACAUACUGCAUUUGUAGUACCAAAGAAAAAUGUUCCUACCUCAAAACGUCAAACUUACACAGAGGAUUUUAUUAAAAAGCAGAUUGAAGAGUUCAACAUAGGAAAGAGACAUUUAGCCAACAUGAUGGGAGAAGAUCCAGAAACUUUCACUCAAGAAGAUAUUGAUAGAGCUAUUGCUUACCUUUUCCCAAGUGGUUUGUUUGAGAAACGAGCCAGGCCAAUAAUGAAGCAUCCUGAACAGAUUUUUCCAAGACAAAGAGCAAUCCAGUGGGGAGAAGAUGGCCGUCCAUUUCACUAUCUCUUCUAUACUGGCAAACAGUCAUACUAUUCAUUAAUGCAUGAUGUCUAUGGAAUGUUACUCAAUUUAGAAAAACAUCAAAGUCACUUGCAAGCCAAAGGUCUGCUUCCAAAAAAAACUGUAACCAGAGAUCUGAUUGGCAGCAGAUGGCUGAUUAAGGAGGAGCUAGAAGAAAUGUUAGUGGAAAAACUGUCAGAUCAAGAUUAUAUGCAGUUCAUUCGGCUGGUAGAAAAGUUAUUGGCAUUGCAGUGUGGUGCUGCUGAGGAAGAAUUUGUGCAGAGGUUUCGAAGAAGUGUAACUCUUGAAUCAAAAAAACAGCUGAUUGAACCUGUACAGUAUGAUGAGCAAGGAAUGGCCUUUAGCAAAAGCGAAGGUAAAAGAAAGACUGCAAAAGCAGAAGCAAUUGUUUAUAAACAUGGAAGUGGAAGAAUAAAAGUAAAUGGAAUUGAUUACCAGCUUUACUUCCCGGUCACACAGGACAGGGAACAGCUGAUGUUCCCUUUCCACUUUGUUGACCGGCUGGGAAAGCACGAUGUGACCUGCACAGUCUCAGGGGGCGGGAGGUCGGCGCAGGCUGGAGCAAUACGAUUGGCAAUGGCAAAAGCCUUGUGCAGCUUUAUCACCGAGGAUGAGAUCGAGUGGAUGAGACAAGCUGGACUACUUACUACUGAUCCCCGUUUGAGGGAACGGAAGAAGCCAGGCCAAGAGGGAGCCCGCAGAAAGUUUACGUGGAAGAAGCGCUAAGGGUUUGCUCCCAGGAAAGAAGAGGAAGAGCUAUAUAUAUGUGCCGGCACGUGGCAGACACACAGUAAAUAAUGGCUGACCAGCAUGAGGGCAGUACUGUCAGAAAUUUCUUUGAGCUGUGAGAUGAAUUUAUUUUUAAAUGCUACUUUGUAAAGGUGACCUUUAAAAAAUAAAAGGAAAAUAAGGAAGGUUAGUCUCA